AUGUCGGAAGAGAAGGAGAGGAGCAAGAUCUCGCUGAGAAGCGGCAAGAGGAAGGGCCCCCGCCCCCAGAUCAGUGCACCGCGCCAGAUCUCGGAGCCCAUUCUACAGGAUGGAUCAGGUCCGGUGCGGCCUCCCGGCUCGAGGCCCAUGGCCGACGCGGGACCGGGACAGGUGCAGCCGCGACCUCGUCCGCCGCCGCAGGCCGGCGGAUCCAAGACAUCCGACUUGGUGAAGCGACGAUACUCGACCAGGUUCAACGCCCUUCCGAAUGAUUUCGAUGUGAACAAUCCACCGGUACCGUCGAUGCCAUCCCUCGACAAGUACGAGACUCGCCAGCGAAACGCGCGACCGCCUCCCAGCCGAGGAGGCGAUGCAGGUCCUGCUCCCGUCGUGGAUGUGAAGGCUCUGAGGGAUCCCAACUUGGCCCCGGAUCAAUACGUCGCCAGCUUGCUCAGCGAAGCAUCCGAGGAUCAGAUCCGCGAAUUCGAGGACAACCUGCGUGGCCUCAAAAGCCGAGCCAACGCCGAUCUCCAGCAGAACGUCAUGCAGAAUCGCACGCAGUUCAUCAAGAUCAGCAAGGAGGCCGAGAAGCUCAAGGGCGAGAUGCGAGCGCUGAAGAGCCUGAUGACGGACCUCAAGCUGAACACCACGGCACUGAGGCAAGCCUCCAGCAACAACAAUAAUAACGAGUCUCCGGGCCUCGGUGGAGAGCUGUCGACCGGCAUGAGCAAGAGGGAUAAGCGCAGCUCGGUCGCCGACCGAAGUGCCCUUUGGAAUUCCCAAAUGCAGGCGCUGUACAAGAACGUUGAAGGAUCCCAGAAGUUCUUGCCUAACUCUGCUACUCGUCACGUCAUCCAGAACGCUGGAGCUUGGAUUGAACUGGACAACGCUACCUACAAGUCUCGUCGCGCUAUGCAGAUAUUCCUGCUGAAUGACCACCUCCUUAUUGCUAGUCGCAAGAAGAGAAAGGCGGAUGUGCCUCCUCGCGAGGCUACAGGUCCUCUGGUAAAGCUGGUGGCCGAUAGAUGCUGGCCUUUGCUCGACGUCGAAGUUGUCGAUAUGGCAGGUUCCAGUGAUUCUUCGACGACACGAAACAAGCUGGCCGAUGCAGUCAUGGUCAGAGGUGUUGGGCAAGAGUCGGUCAUUUAUCGCACUGAAAAGCCCGAGGACACGGAGAAGAACAGCCUGCUUCUUAACAUUCGCAAGGCGGUCGAGGAGCUACGAAAAGAACGGCAGUCAGAACUGGAAGCGAACAAUAAAGCCAAGGAGACGAUCAACUACUUUGCGUCUCGGGAUCCUGGCUUGCUCCAGAAAACGGAGCUGCUGGAGACGCUGUCCGAUAUCAAAGACAUGCUCAUCGAUGUGGAUGGAAAGCAACAGAACCUCCGAUGGGUAGAGAGCCAGAUGGAUGAGCUGGACAUCGACGUCGCGCUUCAGAACUUCGAACCGGCCGUGGGCCGUGUCGAGAAGCUCAAGAACCUCGCUCGAAGCCUGAAGAACAACACGGUGGCGCAGGACUUCAUCAGCUUCAAGGUCGAAGAACGAAACACAAAGCUGGCGGGCAUGAUCAUCCGCGAGUUGGAGACGACACACAACGCGCCGACAAAGAACAAGCGCAACAUCUCCUGGCUGGCGCGGCUCGGGUACGAGGACAGAGCACGUGAGGCCUAUCUGGCUGCCCGGCACGACAUCAUCCAGAAACGAUCGAGGCAAUGCAUUUUCCAGGGUGACCUCCACCAGUAUAUCUGGGAGAUCUCGUUCGUCUACUUCUCCCUCAUCCGCAACACUGUGGGCUGUUUUCACUCUUGCUUCCCACCGCCCAUGAUGAGCGCCUGCGUGAAGUGGGCCAAGGAAGAGGUUGAAACGUUCAACAGCAUCCUCGCGCGACAGCUUAGCAGCACCGAACGCGGCGGCAAAGUAUGGAACGAGUGCAUGGAGCGCGCCCAAGAACACGCCCAGAUGCUCAACGAAGUGCAGUUGGACUUCCGCAACCUCGUCGGUAAGGACCUGGACAGCACGUUAGGAGUUACCAGUCCCACGCCUUUCAGCAUGGAUACGAACAUGGAAGAUGUUGGGCGUGUCCCCGCCGAUCUGCCCUCUACCCAGAAUCUCGAGCCCACCACGAUCCCGACCCUAGAUGGCUGGAUUGAGAGCCUCAUGAGCUGCAAGCAGCUUGUCGAGGCCGAUGUUCAGAGGCUUUGCGAGAAGGCACGGGAGGUCUUGCAGGACGAGUCCAAUGUGCAACCAGUCAAAUGCCCGGUGACGGUGUGCGGUGAUAUCCACGGCCAAUUUCACGAUCUUAUGGAGUUGUUCAAGAUUGGCGGUCCCAACCCUGACACCAACUACCUUUUCAUGGGUGACUACGUCGACCGAGGCUACUACUCCGUCGAGACCGUGACUCUCCUCGUCGCCCUCAAGAUCCGAUACCCCCAGCGCAUCACCAUUCUCCGCGGCAACCACGAGUCCCGCCAGAUCACCCAAGUCUACGGCUUCUACGACGAGUGCCUCCGCAAAUACGGCAACGCCAACGUCUGGAAGUUCUUUACCGACCUCUUCGACUACCUCCCCCUUACCGCACUCAUCGACAACCAGAUCUUCUGCCUUCACGGCGGCCUGUCGCCUAGUAUCGAUACCCUUGACAACAUCAGGGCUCUGGACAGAAUUCAGGAAGUUCCCCACGAGGGCCCCAUGUGCGACUUGCUCUGGUCUGACCCCGAUGACCGCUGCGGUUGGGGAAUCUCGCCCCGUGGUGCUGGUUACACGUUCGGCCAGGAUAUUUCCGAGGCUUUCAACCACAACAACGGGCUGACACUCAUCGCACGUGCUCACCAGCUUGUGAUGGAGGGAUACAACUGGUCUCAAGACAGGAAUGUCGUCACAAUCUUCUCUGCACCCAAUUACUGCUACAGAUGCGGUAACCAGGCGGCGAUCAUGGAGAUCGACGAACAUCUCAAGUACACAUUCUUGCAAUUCGAUCCCUGCCCGAGAGCCGGCGAGCCGAUGGUCUCGAGACGCACACCCGACUACUUCCUCUGA